AUGGUAAAGCCAGGCAGCGGCAGCUUUGAGGUGAAUCCGCCCUUUGCCCCCAAGAUGAUCGCGCAGACUAGAGAGCACUUGCAUCGACUCCUGGAAAGCUCAUCGGAGCCUUUGCGCUUCGUUCUGGCGGUAGCUCACUGGAACCACCCGGAGGUGGAGGCCCUCAAGUCUUCUCCCUUUCUGAAGGGAUCCUUGCUGGUGGACAAGGAGCAACAGGUUUGGAUGGAUGGCCCUGAGAAACGCCGGGCUCCUGUAGAGCUUCUCUUGUUGGUCCUUCAGAACGAUGCCGCAGAGCCUGUGUCGCCGGAACAGUUGGAACGGUUGAGGCAAAGUUGCAGCGGCGAGGCAAAGCCUUUGGGACCACGCAAAAGGCCUUUGCAGCCUGAGACAAAGAUGGAGGUUGCUGCAACAAGUCGCGAAGACUUAGGCUCCGAGCCUGGAACGAAGCGGCCGCGGCCCGGGGGGGUGCUGUGGCGAAAGCCACACUGGAAAAGGGUGAAGCUGAAACGUUUGACCUGCUGGCGGCGGCUGCAUGAUGCCGCCAAGUCCUUCGCGUGGACCACGCACGUCACGGAUGGCUGGCAUGCGCGCAACAUGCGCUUCUGGGCCAAGGAAGCCGCUACAUUAGAUGGGAUGACUGGAGGUGGAGUCUCUGACUUGGACUUGGCCUUCAAUCAGAAAUUUCUGAGGCGCUUGUGCCGCGCACGAGGCAAUGCCAAAGGUCGUUUUGCCAGCGCCCUGGAUGUAGGUGCUGGGAUUGGUCGACUAGCUCAGCACUUGCUACUUCCCCACUGCGAUGCUGUGGACUUGUUGGAGCCGGUCGACAAGCAUUUGGAGACCGCCAAGAAGACCCUGCAGCAGGCAUGGCCGGGGGAAUUCUACUGCUGCACGCUACAAGACUUCGAUCCCGGGAGGCGUGGUGUCUAUGACUUGGUUUGGUGCCAGUGGGUCUUGAUGUACAUCACCGACUCAGAUGUGGUGGCGUUUCUGCAGCGCCUCGCAAGGUCCUUGGCGCACUGGGCACCCAGUGCAAGGCCCGCUGGCACCGUGGUCGUGAAGGAAAAUGUGGCGCAAGAAAGGGUUGGUUCCUACUUUGACGAUGAAGAGGGUGAGCUGUGGCGCGGCGGCGGUGCCUCGCAAGCCUCGCAACCCAUGUCUGUGCUGCGAACACCGCAGCACUAUGUCAAGCUCUUCAGAGAGUCUGGGUUUGAAGUCGUGAUGCGUCGCAGACAGUUCUUUUCCGACGAUGAAAUG